ACAUUUUCAUUUCGUUGAAUUUUUGACAACAAGGCAGCGUAUUGGCAUUUGGCAGCGCCCAGCCAGAUUCGUGUUGGAUACCUCGGACGAUCGUUCGCUGUUCUUCCAUUCCACGGUUCGUUGCCUGUCGGUUACUUUACGCUAGUGUUUUUCUUGGGAAGAUGUGGUUAAGGGUAGUGUUUUUCGGCCUUGCUGCCUGUCUGGCAGCAGCCAGCGAUGUGCUGGAAUUCACGGAUGCCGAUUUCUCCAGCAAAAUCGGUGAUCAUCCAGUUAUAUUAGUUGAAUUUUUUGCACCUUGGUGUGGGCACUGCAAACGUCUGGCGCCUGAAUACGAAAAGGCCGCCACCAGCCUGAAGAAGGAAGAUCCCCCGGUGCCGAUUGCCAAGGUAGACUGCACAGCCAACACCGAGACCUGCCAGAAGUACGGCGUCUCCGGCUAUCCUACCCUGAAGAUCUUCCGCAAUGGAGAAUUCUCCAAGGAAUACUCCGGACCCCGCGAGGCCGAUGGCAUUGUCCGUACUAUGCGCACCGAAGCCGGACCCUCAUCCAAGGAAUUGCACAGUGAAGCCGAUCUGGCCAAAUUCCUUGAAUCCGCCGAGGCUGUCGUCGUCGGCUACCUGUCGGCUGGCAAUGACAAGUUGAAGGAAUGGUACACCAAGGCGGCGGACACGAUGAAGGAGGAAUUGCGCUUCGCUCACACCACCAAUGAGAAACUGUUCGGUCAGCAUAAGGACAAGGCGGUGCUGUACCGUCCGAAACGUCUACACAACAAAUUUGAACCCGAGCAUGUGGGCUUCGAGUCAACGGUGGAGAAUCUGAAGCAGAGCAUCAAGGACGCCGUGCACGGUCUGGUCGGCCACAAGACUACCUCCAACACGGCCAACUUCCCGUCGCCCCUGCUGACUGUCUACUACGAUGUGGAUUAUACCAAGAAUCCCAAGGGCAGCAACUACUGGCGAAACCGCAUCCUUAAGGUUGUCAGCUCUCAGAUUGAAAAACUGAAGAGCAAACUGAGCUUCGCCGUUGCCAGCGUCGGUGAAUUUGCCCAUGAAUUGACUGAAUUCGGCUUGGACAGCGCUGAUCAGAAGAAGCCGGUCGCUGCCAUCCGUGAUGAACAACACCGUAAAUUCGUCAUGAAGGACGACUUCUCCGUGGAGAACUUGGAGAAGUUUGUCUCUGAUUAUUUGGCUAACAAGCUGGAGCCGUACAUGAAGUCGGAACCUGUUCCGGAAGACAACACCAAAGGAGUCAGAGUUGUUGUCGGAAAGAACUUCGAGGAAAUCGUUAACGAUGCCGACAAGGAUGUUUUGAUUGAAUUCUAUGCACCAUGGUGCGGUCACUGCAAAAAACUGGCUCCUAUUUACGAUGAGCUGGCUGAGAAGCUGAAAGACGAAACCGAAAUCACCAUUGCCAAGAUGGACGCCACAGCCAACGAUGUCCCAAGUGGUUUCGAUGUCCGCGGCUUCCCCACCCUGUACUUUGUGCCCAAGGGUGAUAAGAAGAACCCUAAACAGUACAACGGUGGACGGGAGGUUGAUGAUUUCAUCAAGUAUUUGGCGAAGGAAUCGACAAACCCCCUGAAAGGCUUCGAUCGUACCGGCAAGCCUAAGAAGACAGAAUUGUAAGCGGGCCUGCGAAGUCCGAAGGCGAGCGGCCUCUUCGUGACGGAAACUUGCCAUUCAGACGUGAAUGGGGGAUUUUUAUUUCGCUGAUAGUGAUUUCAGAUUUCUUUCCAUCGGUGCGUUUUGCUGUUAAUGUUGACGCGUUGUUAAUUUUUGUGUUAUUUUUAUUUAAUGCUGCAGUUGUUGCUCUUUGUGUUCGGUUUUGAUCUGUUUCGACCGCAUCGACAAAAUGAACAGAAAAACAAAUCAGGGAGGA